GUCGUCGCUGAUGACACUGGGUGGAGGAAGGUGUUGCUCGUCGCUCUCACUGGGAACUGACUAGAGGAACGGAAAAUGGCGGACCUCGAAGACGUUACGCUGGACGGGAGACCGCUCCAGUCCCUUCGAGUAGCAGACUUAAAAGCUGCUCUUGAGGAGAGAGGACUCUCGAAAAGCGGACAGAAGAAUACGCUCAUUAAAAGACUCAAGGGGGCUCUGAUGCUGGAGAAUCUGCAGAGGACCUCCACAGCUCACAUUGGACUGCAGCCAAACUCUCAGAUGGCUGAGGAAAUGAGCCAGAACAGCUUUAUCAAGCAGUAUCUGGCUAAACAACAAGAGCUUUUGAGGCAGCGCCUGGAGAAGGAGGCUCGUGAAGCAUAUGAAACAAAUGAGCAAGAAGACCAUUCAGAAGUUAACAACAGUACCUCAUGUGCUUCUCAAGCCCAGGAUGUCACAGCAGCACUGACUGAGCAGCACAGGCCACCUGGCCCCUCUAGUGGAGAGGGAUUCUUUGGUGCAGGACAUGAUGAAGAGGGUAACAGGAACCAGGAGGCUGACAUGUCCAGUCCUCCUGCUUCUGGGUCAGUGGCAAUGUGCAUUCCAGGCGGGGAGCACCAGCCAGAGAGGGAUUCUGCAUCCGGAAAAGUUGCAGCUGACAGUGACGAUGAGGAUAGUGAGGAUGGCGAGGAGGAUGGUGACAAUGAUGACUGGAACAGCGGUACUCGGAGAAGCUUCAGGGAGCCAGCCAGAGCACCCAUGACUAGAGACAGGUCUGGAGCAUCCUGUCAGCCUCAGCAGCAGCACAUCCCAUCCCUUCUGUCUCCUCAGCUCCGCCAGCCAACACCUCCCCCCUCCCCACCUCCAGAGUUGUCAUUCCCUUUGCCUGACACCCCUAAACAGAGCCCCCCUAGUCCAGGUGUAGCCCCAGCUAGGCACUCCCCUAGUACCUCCAGCUCUGGUUCUUCCAGCAGCGGCAGCAGUAAAAAUGUUGAGCGCAAGCCUGGACCACUGACCCUUCUGGCACGUAAAAUGGAGUCAGAAGGUGCUUUCUCUGGAGCAACUUGGCAUGGUGGUGAUGGGGAAGGUGAUAGACAAGACAGCAGUCCACCCUCAGCUACAUUGUUUCCUGGUAGAGGACCUCCAGAGGGUCUGGUAUCUGCCAUCACUCACACAACCAACACUGCAGGCCAUGCGCCAUUUCCCAUGAUUCCAGGCACCAACCAGGGUGUCACCGGAGCACAUUCGGGCCAUAUUCAAGUACCAGUGAGUGUGCUCAAGGCCACUGCCACAGAAAAGAGGGAUUUUGAGAUAGAAAGAGAAAAGGCACUUGAGCGAGAACAAGAAAUUGAGGCAGAGCGGGAAAGAGCCCUUGCACUUGAGAGAGAGGAAAGACAGAAAGCCUUGGAGAGAGAGAGAAUUGAGCGGCAGCACACCUUAGAAAGAGAAGAACGAGAAAAGGCUUUGCAGCGGGAGAGGGAACUUGCUCUAGAGCAAGAAAGACAGGAGAGGGCACUAGCUUUGGCUAAAGAGAGGGAAGAGCAAGAGCAAGCCUUGGCACAAGAGAGGGCCCUGGAGCUAGAGAGGCAGAAGGAGCUUGAAAGACAGAGGGUCCUGGAGCAAGAACGUCUACAGAGAGAAAAAGAGGAGAGAGAGAGGGAAGAAAUUGAGAGAAUGAUGGAGCUAGAAAGAGCCAAGGUUUUGGAGAAGGAAAAGGAGAGAGAAAGGGCUCUUGAACAAGAGAGAUUAGAAAAGGAACGAGCUUUGGAGCUUGAGAGGCAGGAGAAAGAGAGGACUGAAAGAGAGAAGGCUUUGGCAUUGGAAAGGGAAAGGUUAGAGAGGGAGAAAGCCUUAGAACAAGAGAGAGAGAAAGCCCUGGAGCAAGAGAAACAAGAAAGAGAGAGGGCCAUUGAGGAAGAGAGAAUAGAAAGAGAAAAAGUUCUAGAACAAGAAAGGCUGGAGAAGGAGAGGGCCCUAGAGCAAGAGAAGCUGGAGCUUGAGAGGAAGGAAAAGGAGAGACUUGAAAGGGAGAAAUCAAUGGAACUAGAGAGGGAAAAGGUCUUGGAAUGGGAGAGGGAAGAAGAGAAGAAAGCAGAAAGAAAGGCAGCUCUGGAACAAGAUAAGAUGGAGAAAGAAAGAGAAAAGGAGAGAAAAGCUAGGCUAGAGAAGGAAAAAGCUCUAGAGCAGGAGAAAUUUGAAAGGGAGAGAGCCAUGGAGGAGGAGAGGAAAGAGAAAGAGAGAGUUUUGGAGGAAGAGAGGGGAAAAGCUCUUGAACAUGAAAGAUUAGAGAAGGAGAAAGAAAAGGAGAAGCAGGAGAGGGCCCUGGAACAGGAGAAAGAGAGAACUAGGAUGGCUGAAAAGGAGAGGGAGAGUCACCUCCCUCCAUCCAAACGUGGCCGUGAGAUUGGUCUCAUCCCCAUGCCCACUCCUCCCCCCCUCUCCACAGGACCAGCUAGAAAGUCAUCAUCAGAAGCAGGUGAGCAGGAAGAUGUCCAUGGUCGGAUGUCCCGGAGUGAAGCCCAAGCAGCAGAGUCUGGUACACCCAUGUCACCAAUACCUCUGUCACCACAGUCCUCAUUUAAGAAGUUCCGGUUCUUAAGGGACUCCCCAGUUCAGUCCCAAACUUUCUCCUCUUCCACGGUUAUCAAGCGGCCCCGUACCUUCUCUGAUACCCCACAGCCACGGGCCUCACCUGUGUCCUCCCCCACUAGUGUCGAGGAGGAACACCAGCCCUCAACUGAACAGGAAGAGCCACAGAUGCAGACUAAACAUGAGGUCGAUGUGGUGCCGCUGGAGUCUUUUGGAACCCAGUCUGAGAAAGAAGGCAUUGUUAGUACUACACUGAGCCUGAGUCCCAAAAAGGAAGAGGCCACAAGCCUCAGAAUGAAGUACAAACAACAGUCUGAUUCAGUGAACACUGAACAGGAUGUCAAGGGAUCCGCCAAAAAAGCAAAAGAAGUAAAUGAGCGCAAGGACCCUUCAAUCCCAGUGGAAGCUGCACAGUGGACAAGAAGAUAUGCAAAGGAGGAGGAUAAACAAACAAGACAAAGAUCAUCAUCUAAAGAUUCCUCAUCCUCAGAAUCAGACUCUGGGUCUUCAUCAUCUCAGUCCAGUGGUUCAUCCACAACUUCUCAAGAGAAAACCACCUCCAGAGGCAGAAGGGAGGGGAAACCUGAAAGAGAUCCCUUGCAACAGCACAGAGUGACAGUAGAGGCUCCAACUGAGGGUUUAAAGGACACCUCAAAAGCUUUGCCUUCCAGAGGAGAGAUUUCUGGAGAGGAGAGCAACACAACUGCUGAUAGAGAGAGUCACACCAUGAAACAUUUCACUGAUUUACCAGCCAGAGAGGAGACACACAGGAAGAGAAAAGACAGCCAUGAAGAGGAGAACAAAGACAAACAAAGGCAGGUGAAGGAACUUGCCAUGGCAGAGCCAGAGAAACCUCCAGAGACCAUUGAGGAGAUACCGAAGGCCUUCUCGGCUCGUAAGAUCUCUCUUAGCAGCAGCAGAUCGUCCCCAGGCACUGGCAGUGCAGAGGGUGAGCAAGAGUCAGGGACUGCAGCUGGUCGCAAGAGGAGGUGGGGCUCCAGCACAGCUGUCACUGCCAAGAAACCUUCAAUCAGCAUCACUACAGAUUCACUCAAGUCUCUGAUCCCAGACAUCCGGCCUUGUCUUGGCCAGGAGGCAGUAGUGGACCUUCACCCAGAGGAAGCUGUCCUCUCUGGGGCUGAGGAUGAAGAGAAGGAACGCUCUGACCAGGAUCUACAGAUCCGUCGCACUGUCACACAGGUGGUGCACUCAGAAAGCCAGGAGAAUGGACAGAAAGAGGCAAAGAGGAGCAGACUUGAGGAUCUGGAGGAGGAAGAUCUUCAGGGAGACAGAGAAAGAACAAAGGCUCAUGAAGAGAAGAUGGACACCUCAUUUCCUGGAGCUGUGGAAACCCAGUCCCCAUUACAUACCAGCCAUGAUGGAGAAAGCAGCACUGUGACCCCCACCAACACCCUCAUUCGUCGUUCCAUCAGUCAGCAGAAAACGGGUGUUUGCAUCACAAUUGAUGACCCUGUUCGUACAGCCCGGCAGCCCUCACCACCUCGUGGCAAAGUGUCCAACAUUGUUCACAUCUGCAACCUGGUGAGACCAUUCACUUUGGGGCAACUUAAGGAGCUGCUCAGCAGAACUGGUAUACUUGUGGAGGAGGGCUUCUGGAUUGACAAAAUCAAAUCUCACUGCUAUGUCACUUACUCGAGCUCAGAGGAGGCAGUCGCCACGAGGGCAGCUCUUCAUGGAGUGAAAUGGCCUCAGAGCAACCCAAAAGUCCUUAGUGUAGAUUUCUGUCAGCAGGAUGAACUUGAAUUCCACAAAAAUUUGGGUGCAGCUGACAGACCCGGAGCAGAGGAACAGGGGCCUGGCUCUGGCCGUGGUCGGACAUCGGGCUUGCCCUCUCUCCUCCCUGAGCGAGACCAGUGGGCUGAGCGUGAGCGCGAGAUGGAGCGCCGGGAGAGGGCCCGAGCAGAACGUGAGUGGGAUCGAGACAAGGUUAGAGAGUUUGGAAAAGUUGGAGAAGAGAAGGAGGGAGGUGCGAGAAGAUCGCGCUCCAGGGAAAGACGGCGUAAAGAGAGGGGAAAGAGCAAGGAGAAAAAGACUGAUAAGAAGGAGAAAACUGCUGAGGAUCCCCCUGCAAAGCUGCUUGAUGACCUGUUCCGCAAAACUAAAGCAGCUCCUUGCAUCUACUGGCUUCCACUUACAGAUGAACAGUUUGUUCAACGAGAAGCUGCCAGAGCCGAACGGAGGAAGGAGCGUGAGAAGCGAAGGAUGGAGCAAGAGGAGGAGGAGAAAAAAAGAGAAGAGGAACGUAAGGAGAGGGUGAAACUUGGAGGUGCCACACCAGGAGACCGGAAUGAGGGUGAGAAGGACAAGGACAAGGACAGAGACCGGGACAAGGACAGAGACCGAGGUAGAGACAGGGAGAGGGAGAAUGACAAACGCAGGGAUGGUUAUCGUAGGCCAGGGGGCAGUGGGGCAGGCGGGGGCAGACGCUCACGCAGCCGCAGCGACCCACGAGAAAGGCGACGCUAAUGGCAAAUCAGCUGAUGGAACUUUCCUAAAAAAACCACCCUUUCACUACAUGUACUUUGUUACAACUAAGACCCAACAGAGGACCAACUGAUGUCGUCGUCAUCAUCUCUCAAAUUGUCACUUUUUUUUUUAAAGGCACAUCUACACCCACACACAGUCAUGCUUAAAGGGGACUGUGAUGUUUUGCAGUGUUGAUUCCCACAGUGCUAUUUGUCUUGCUCCUAUUAAGGUUUGCUAUCUUUUUCUUUACAUUUGCUUCUCUUUGGUUUCUGUCUUGAUGGCAGUAUGGCAUGCUGGGUAAUUUAAAUUAUUUCCCCAGUGUUCCCCAUUUGCCCCAAAUUGUAGGUGCCAAUUAUGAUUUGCAGUCAUUUGUCGUUGCCUCAGUGUUUAACAGCUCUGCUGAAUCCUUUUGUUGCUACAUGUAGUCCAAGGCUCCCCUUGCCAGUCCUGCCUAAAGAGAAAACUCGGCCCUCUGGGCUUACGUAAAUCUGAAAAUAUUGGAAUAUGUGUGUUUGGCAUUUUGUACAGAAAAUAUAAGAUGAAUUCGAAUCAAGUCUUUAAAUAAGGCAGCUCGGGGGUAUUUUUGAACAGGUGUGAAAUAACUACUAAGGCAAAGCAGUGUUUCUCUUGCCCUCUGUUUAGUUAAAGAGAUGAGACAGUUCUCUGUGGCAGAGAAUCUGUCACUCACCUGACACAAGUUACGAUUAUGUCUUGAUCAUUAAUUCUCUUCUUGCUCCCUCCUUUCCUCCUCAUCUCUUAACCAUGCACUGUCAGUACAGGCCCAAGAGGGGGAGGUUGCAUUAUGAGUUUUCUCACCAAUGGUUUUAAUAUUGUUUUUUAUCAUUAUUUUAUCAUUUAGUACAAGGGUUUGUUUUGAUUUUUAAAUUUCUUCUUUGAGUAUGCCUAUCAGUGGUGAAUGUACAAAUAAUAAACAUUGAAAUUAUCUUUC